AGCGCGCCCCAUUCGCCGUAGCGGAAGCCGGGCAGUCACACGCGCGCCGCGAGAGCUCUGGGGCUGAGCCGCCGCUGACCGAGGGUUGCGUCUUGUCGCCGGUCCCGCAGGCACCAUGAGCCAGGAUACCGAGGUGGAUAUGAAGGAGGUGGAGCUGAACGAGCUGGAACCCGAGAAGCAGCCGAUGAAUGCGGCGUCGGAGGCCGCCGUGGCCAUGGCCGUGGCGGGCGGCGCCGAGAAGAACGGUCUGGUGAAGAUCAAGGUGGCCGAAGACGAGGCGGAGGCGGCGGCCAAGUUCACGGGCCUGUCCAAAGAGGAGCUGCUGAAGGUGGCGGGCAGCCCCGGCUGGGUGCGCACGCGCUGGGCGCUGCUGCUGCUCUUCUGGCUCGGCUGGAUCGGCAUGCUGGCCGGCGCCGUGGUCAUCAUCGUGCGGGCGCCGCGCUGCCGCGAGCUGCCGGUGCAGCGGUGGUGGCACAAGGGCGCCCUCUACCGCGUCGGCGACCUGCGGGCCUUCGAGGCCCGCGACUCGGGCGACCUCGCCGGUCUGAAGGGUCAUCUGGAUUACCUGAGCACUCUGAAGGUGAAGGGCCUUGUGCUGGGCCCCAUUCACAAGAAUCAGAAGGAUGAUGUCGCCGGGACCAACUUGCAAGAAAUCGACCCGGCGGUUGGCUCCAAGGAAGAGUUUGACAGCUUCCUGCAGUCGGCCAAGAAGAAGAGCAUCCGCGUCAUUUUGGACCUCACUCCUAACUACCUGGGUCAGAACUCGUGGUUCCUCCCCACUCAGGUUGACCUUGUGGCCACCAGGGUGAAGGAUGCUCUGAAUUUUUGGCUGCAGGCUGGCGUGGAUGGCUUCCAGGUUCGGGACGUGGGGAAUCUGACGAACGCAGCCUUACACUUGGCCGAGUGGCGGAACAUCACUAAGAGCUUCAGUGAAGACAGGCUGUUGAUUGCAGGGACAGAGUCCUCGGACCUUCAUCAGAUCCUGAGCCUACUCGAAUCCACCAAGGAUCUGCUGUUGACCAGCUCGUACCUGUCAGCCUCCGGUGUCUCUGGGGAGAAUAUGAAGUUCCUAGUCACCCAGUAUUUGAAUGCCACUGACAGUCACUGGUGCAGCUGGAGUUUGUCGCAGGCGGGGCUCCUGACUUCCUUCGUGCCAGCUCAGCUCCUCCGACUCUACCAGCUGCUGCUCUUCACCCUGCCCGGCACCCCUGUGUUCAGCUACGGGGAUGAGAUUGGCCUGCAGGCGGCUGCCCUUCCUGGAGAGCCUGCAAAGGCCCCAGUCAUGCUGUGGGAUGAAUCCAGCUUGCCCAGUGCUUCUGUGAGCGCCAACAUGACGGUGAAGGGCCAGAAUGAAGACCCUGGCUCCCUCCUCUCCCUCUUCCGGCGGCUGAGUGACCAGCGGGGUAAGGAGCGUUCCCUGCUGCACGGGGACUUCCACGCCCUCUCCACCGGGUCCAACCUCUUCUCCUACGUCCGCCACUGGGACCAGAAUGAGCGUUUCCUGGUAGUGCUCAACUUUGGGGACGAGAGCCUGUCAGCCAGGCUGGGGGCCUCCAGCCUGCCUGCCGAUGCCAGUCUGCCAGCCCGGGCUGACCUGCUGCUCAGCACCCAUCCGGGCCGUGAGGAGGGCACCUCCCUUGCACUGGAGCACCUGAACCUGGAACCCCAUGAGGGGCUGCUGCUCCACUUCCCCUAUGUGGCCUGACCAGGACCUGGAGUCCUCCUCUCCUCCUCCCCAGGCCCUUUGGGGUCUAGUCUCUUUCCUUUUUUUAUAACUGUUACAGAUUUACAGAUGUGCCCACAAAUGGGAUGUUUGCUGCCUUCAAAUAAAAAUCACCCCUGCCUGGAGAGGUCUUGUCUUCCCUCUACCCCUCUGU